AUGAGAGUAUCAUCCGCUUCAGUCCUUGCCAUUCUGGCGCCCACGAUCGGCGCGCGCUUCGUCGAGAAGCACGAGACCGAUGCCCACAUUCAGCUGCAUCCCGAGCUCGCAGAUGCAGAGAAGUACCACAUCGAGCUGAGCCCCGGCAACACGAGAUGGGUGACCGAGGAGGAGAAGUGGGAGCUUCGGCGAAACGGUCAGCGUUUCAUGGACAUCACCGAGCACGCGGACCUCGGCGCAUCGCGAGCCGGCGCCUACUCGACGAGCGUCUUCCCCAAGAAGCUGAAGCUGCAGGACGAGGUCAACCCGCUUCUCAAGAACCUGUCCAAGACGGAGAUGAAGGACCACCUGGAGAAGCUGACGAGCUUCCACACACGCUACUACAAGUCCGACUACGGCCGGCAGUCGUCGGAGUGGCUCCUGAAGCAGGUGCGCGCCACCAUCAAGGACGCCGGCGCCGACGAGUACGGCGUCGCGGCGGAGCACUUCCCGCACGCCUGGGGCCAGAACUCGAUCAUCGCGCAGAUCCCGGGCAAGACCAACUCGACCGUCGUCAUCGGCGCCCACCAGGACUCCAUCAACCUGUGGCUGCCGUCCGUGCUGGCGGCGCCCGGCGCGGACGACGACGGCAGCGGGACCGUGACCAUCCUCGAGGCGUUCCGCGUCCUCCUUAGCUCCGAGGACGUGAUCAAGGGCAAGAUGGAGAACACGAUCGAGUUCCACUGGUACAGCGCCGAGGAGGGGGGCCUGCUCGGAUCGCAGGCGAUCUUCUCUACCUACGAGAAGUCGAAGCGCGAUGUCAAGGCUAUGCUGCAGCAGGAUAUGACUGGUUUCGUCCAGAAGACGCUGGAUGCCGGCAAGCCCGAGAGUGUCGGCGUCAUUGUCGACUUUGUGGACCCCAACCUGACCGACUUUAUCAAGAAGGUGGUCGUCGAGUACUGCGAAAUUCCCUAUGUCGAGACCAAGUGCGGAUACGCCUGCUCCGACCACGCCUCGGCCACCAAAGCUGGCUACCCUUCCGCGUUUGUCAUCGAGUCCGCCUUUGAGGACUCUGACAACCACAUCCACACCACCGACGACAAGAUCUCAUAUCUCUCCUUCGACCACAUGAUCCAACACGCGCGCAUGACUCUUGCCUUUGCCUACGAGCUCGGGUUUACUGACUUUACCAAGCUCAAGAGUGAGGAUGUCGAGAUGGGUGAGCUGUAG